GGGGGCGCUGCGUGCGCUCUGCGGGGAUCGCCCUCGGAGGGGCCGGCCCGCACUGUGUGCAGGCGGAUGUGCGCCGCAUGUCAAUCGGCGGGCGGGGGAGCGGAGCAGGUUGUUACUACUGCAGAGAGAGAGCGAGAGAGAGAGGGAGAGAGAGAGAGAGCGAGAGAGCGGGAGAGAGAGCGCGAGAGAGCGAGCGAGCGAGGAGCCGCAGCGGCCGGCCGGCCCGCGAGUGCAGGAGCGGACCGCGGCGGCCCCGCCUCGCCCUGCGCCCCGGCCCCGAGGAGCCCCCGGCGCGGGCGGCCGGCCAGGGACGCCCCGUCCCGAGCAAAGCCGCGCCUCGAGCCCCCGCGACCACCCCGAGGGCCUGGGCUCGCGCGGGCGCACGCAGGAGAGCCGAGCCGAGCCGGGACACCCCGACUUUCUGAGCUCGGCGCUCAGGGCUGGUAGAACAAAGUGCGGGACGGAGCCCGAGGUGGGGCGCUGGACCCCGAGAGCCGCCUUGCGUCGGAAUAACCCGCCGUGUCCUCUGCCACCAUGAGGAACAUCUUCAAGAGGAACCAGGAGCCCGUUGUGGCUCCUGCCGGCACUGCCGCCACCACCACCACCGCCGCCAUGCCCAUCGGGCCCGCAGACAACUCCACGGAGAGCGGGGGCGCGGGGGAGAGCAAGGAGGACAUGUUCGCCAAGCUGAAGGACAAAUUCUUCAACGAGAUAAACAAGAUCCCCUUGCCGCCCUGGGCGCUGAUCGCCAUCGCGGUGGUGGCCGGGCUCCUCGUCCUCACCUGCUGCUUCUGCAUCUGCAAGAAGUGCUGCUGCAAGAAGAAGAAGAACAAGAAGGAGAAGGGCAAAGGCAUGAAGAACGCCAUGAACAUGAAGGACAUGAAGGGCGGCCAGGAUGACGACGAUGCGGAGACCGGCCUGACGGAGGGCGAGGGCGAGGGCGAGGGCGAGGAGGAGCCUGAGAACCUGGGCAAGCUGCAGUUCUCUCUGGACUACGACUUCCAGGCCAACCAGCUGACCGUGGGGGUGCUGCAGGCCGCGGAGCUGCCCGCCCUGGACAUGGGAGGCACCUCGGACCCUUACGUCAAAGUCUUCCUCCUUCCAGACAAGAAAAAGAAAUACGAGACGAAAGUGCACCGGAAGACGCUGAACCCCGCCUUCAACGAGACCUUCACCUUCAAGGUGCCCUACCAGGAGCUGGGGGGCAAGACCCUGGUGAUGGCCAUCUAUGACUUCGACCGCUUCUCCAAGCACGACAUCAUCGGGGAGGUGAAGGUGCCCAUGAACACGGUGGACCUGGGCCAGCCCAUCGAGGAGUGGAGGGACCUGCAGGGCGGCGAGAAGGAGGAGCCAGAGAAACUGGGCGACAUCUGCACCUCGCUGCGCUACGUGCCCACGGCGGGGAAGCUCACGGUCUGCAUCCUGGAGGCCAAGAACCUGAAGAAGAUGGACGUGGGUGGUCUCUCGGACCCCUACGUGAAGAUCCACCUGAUGCAGAACGGCAAGAGGCUCAAGAAGAAGAAGACGACGGUGAAGAAGAAGACGCUGAACCCCUACUUCAACGAGUCCUUCAGCUUCGAGAUCCCCUUUGAGCAGAUCCAGAAAGUCCAGGUCGUGGUCACUGUGCUGGACUACGACAAGCUGGGCAAGAACGAAGCCAUCGGCAAGAUCUUCGUGGGCAGCAACGCCACGGGCACGGAGCUGCGGCACUGGUCCGACAUGCUGGCCAACCCCCGGAGGCCCAUCGCACAGUGGCACUCCCUCAAGCCCGAGGAGGAGGUGGAUGCGCUGCUGGGCAAGAACAAGUAGGCGGGAGUGGCCGGGACGCCUCGGACACUGGCAGAUGCAGAGCGACCGAUACCUCAGUUCCGCAACCUCCAGGUCUUCCUUCUCCCAUCCGUUCGUGGCGGUGUCCUCGGUUUCUUCCUCCCCUCUUCCCUCUGGAAAGACCCACUUCCUUCCGAAGGCCCUGUCGGAGAGUCCCCCGAGGUUCCAGAGAAGCCUGGCUCUUCCCUGCUGCAUGCCACUCUCCCCUCUCUCCCUGACGCUUCACUUAAGCCCCCACCCCCUGAGUGAAGCUCUCUGGCGGCAGACAGCGGCCGCAGUUCCUGCUCUCUGAGUGUUCUGGACCCACACCACGGUGGCACCUCCUGUUUCCCCGAGGUGGAAGGCGACCCGGCGUGCGUGUGCGUGCAGAUGCGUGGACAGGUGUGCGUGCGUGCGUGCGUAACGGGCGUGCAUGCACGCCAGCAGCUCUGGGUCCCUGGAAAGAGCCGUGGACAGUGAGUGACCCUGUGUGGAGGCUCUGUGUGGGGACCCUGGAACGGAGCCGAGCUGACCCUCUCCGUGGGAGCGCCUCUGCCCGCUGGGGGAGAGGGUUCCGAGCCGGGUCGUACUCUGGAAGCGCCCUCCGCGUGGGUGGCCGUUUCGGAGAGACAAGCUGUGAAGUCUGGAUCUGCCCAGAACUAGGACCAAACCCCUGCCCCCAUCACAAACUUCCUCCUGCCAGUCAUGGUUUGCUCGACAUUCGUGACAAUGAACUCUCCGCUCGAUGGGUCAGACUCGAACUCGAACCAGCAGUCCCGGGACCUCCCGCCCUUGACGGUUAAUAUCAGAUUCCCAAGAAACACAAACCCCUUUCCCCAGGAAGACCAAACCGAGACUCCUGGGUCUCCGCCCCCUCCCCGUGGGAAACAGACGCUUCCUCCCUUUCCCGACAGUAUCUGCCCCCUGGUUCAUUUGCAUUUGCUCCUCAGCCUGCCUUCGCUUCUGUUUUUUCUCUUCUUCGUUUAAGCCAAGCAGCGCUAGCGGAAUCCACAUUAAUGUGUAGACAGAGCCAGAGAACUUUGAAAGGAAGGUUUGAGUGUACUUAGUCCCCCUGAGGUCCAGGUAAGAAGGGAAGGGAGUGGCAGGAGGGGAGGACCGUGGACACGAGGCACGGACUGUGCGGGUCUCCCUGGGCUCCCCCAGCUCCCUCUCGACUGCUCUCCACUGUGGCGGGCCGGUGGGCAGCUCGGCCCAGGGAGCCCCGAGGGGAGGCCCCGUCCCACCCUUCAUCAGCAGCUUCUCUGACCCCCGCAGAGCAGGGCCUCCGUUCCAGGUUGCUGGGAAAGGAAUCCCGCCCCGUGUUCUGUUGUGUCCCAUUCCCUGUCACCUUUCGUCGCCAGCAUUGGUAAAAAGCCAUAUAUAUGUCAGUCAAGUUUGCACUGAGUCCUCUUCCAAGCCUCAGCCUGAGCGGGAGGCCCGGCACUGCGGCCCACCUGUCCCCUCUCUCAUGCACGGGCCCUCAGGCCCCGCCCACCUGUCACCAUAGAAAACUCACAGCUUCCCCAAGAGCCUGGGGCACCCUCUCUCUCCUCCCUCUCCCUCUCUCUCCCUCCCCCCUGUCUUUCUCUCUCUGUCUCUUUGUCUCUGUCUCUGUCUCCUCCCUUCUUUCUUUCUCUUCCCCCCCCCCCCGCAGAAAAAAAAAUGGUAGAACAUCCUGUCUGGCCCCAUUGGGCCGCCUCAGUGUGCUGUGAGCACCUGAGGCGGAUGGACAGCACUGGGGACACUUGGCCUUUGAAGAGCCGGUGAUGUAGAUGCUGCAGUGUCCUCUGUGUUCUUGAUGGGGAAGAAGGGCCUUCUGGCUCCGUAGGGGCAGGGCAGGGCACACGGAGGCUGGGGGCUCAGAGCUGCCAUCUCUCCGCCCAGGGUGCCCGGAAAGUACGCGUUUUGUACUGGACGCGUGCACACGUGUGUCUGCAUGCCCAUGUGCACAUGCACGUGUGUCUGCCUUUGUGUGCCCGCCUGUGCCACAGCCUGAAGGGAACGCAGAGCUCUGACAGCCACUUGGAUGGAGCUCGGGUCUCUGAGACCAGAGCUGGGCUGCGGGGGAGCUGGGGACAGUGGGCUCCUUCAGAACGGGGCUGUCUGCAGUGGCGGAGGUGCUGGUGUGGCCAGCAGGAGUCUCUGGCUCUUUCCCGCCUGCAGAGCUGUGGGCUUUUGGUGCUUUCUCAGGGUCUUCCCAUAUUCCCCUCACAGCAGCCCCCAGACCUGCCUUCCCGAAGGUCUCCCUCACGCUCAUCCCGCGCCCUUUCAUUCUCUGGCCUGCUCCCAGCCCACCCUCUGCGGGGGCUCUUCUCAGCCCGUGCCCUGCAGCCAGCCCUCCCAGAGUCCACAAGCCCCCUCCGUGGUGGACGGAAGGGCGGGUGGGCAUCCUUACUGCUGGAGUGCCCCAGUGCCCAGACAGGGCGGGCGUCUUACCCUGGGCCCACCUCCAGAGGGCAGCCUUGAGGCGGGGGUGGGUGUGUGCAGGUUGCUGAGACAGCCUGGGAAGAGCUAAGCUGGGGAGCAGUUUCCCCUCCGGGGUCCGGCUGGCCUGGGAUGCCCAGAGGCCCAGAGGCACUGCCUGGGGCCCCGGCAGGAGAAAGGGAAAUGGACUCGAGCUUGUGAAUUUUCUACCCCGAGGGUUACCCCAGACCCUUGCUGCUGGGAGGCAGGAGGCCUGAGGCGGGGUGUCUGCGCAUCUUGGCAGCAGGGUCCUGGGGUGUGUCGAGAGCAAGCACUCACCCCAGAGUCUUCCCCAGGGGGAACGUCGUAGAGACGUGACUCCUUAGAGGACAGGCCCAGACCCACCCACGAAUGGGGCUGGAGGCCCCCAGAAUCGAGUGUUCUCUUUCCUCCCCGAAUCCUCGUCUGGCUAGACCUGCUCACAGGGGCGACUGGCAGACGGGGCAGCUUUGGAAGCGACUUCCGGAGGCAGUAAGAGGACAGGGGACUUGGGGUUCCUCAGCACAGGCAGGCCUGGCGGGGGUCAGCAGGGAGGGGUCCCUUCCUCCCCAUCAGUCCCUGCCUUGUGUUCCUGUGUUCGCUCCAGGAUGGUUUUGCUGGCCAGGGGCCCCCGGAGAGAGCGGGGAUUCCUCCUUGGGGAUGCAGGCGGCCCUGGGGCUGCAGAAUGGUCGAGAAGUUGCCCUAGCUCAGGCGUGAGUGUGUCCAUGUUCUGCUAAGGUCCAAUUCUGGCCACCCCGGUUUCACUAGGAGCAAGCUGGUAGAAAGCAGUGGGGUCUGGCAUGGCCCCUGUCCCCCAGUCUGUGCCCUCAGCCGGGUGGCAGGGGGCUGGCAGACAGUGAAGUGGCCCAAGGAUUGAUCUUGGUGGCUCAGAACCCCCAUGACCUGGUCAUCACACCGGGCAGAUAAAAGCAGGCUGCCCAGUUUAAUCUGAAUUCCAGAUCGACAACCGAAAUACGUGACACACUAAACUGAGAGAUUUGCUGUGGACCUGAGGUCCGGGUUUAACUGGGCACUUGAGUUUGGGCUGGCAACCCCCUUCUGACCACUUACUCCUCCCCCCACCCCCCAGUGCCGAGAGGCCAGGGACUGGCCAUGGGGAUUUUCUCUGUUUUCGAGCUGCAAUACUGAGAAGGGGACGCUGCAACUUGAAGACACACAAAUCUACUUUAUUUUUUAAGCAACAAGAACCUUCUGAAGCCAUUUGAGCCCAUUGCCCCCUCCAUGUGCGUUUAGCUCUACGAAGGUCACGUCUCCGGCCUCUGACGCGAGAUGCAUGCCUUGAACUUCCCGUCAAUAGCCGCAUGGCCACGCCAGCCCAACCCCAUCUCACACGACUCGUUGAGGCUGCUCGUUUGAUGUAUGUCAGUAAAGUCUUUGUCUCCCCACCCCUGUCUUGCCCCCGCCCCCACCCCGGGUGCCCCUCUGUGGGACUGAAGCUGGCAGCGUCCUGCUCUGGCCCAGCCUGGCCAGGGGAGAGGCUGGAGGACCCAGGACGCUGGUGUCUGCUGGCCCAUCCCUGCUGCCUGCUAUGCAUCCGCCUGCAGAGUCAACCCCAGGCCGUGUCCACCGGUGCCCGGGAGCUUCUGUGGUCCCUGUGUGCACAUGUGUGUGCACAUGUGUGUAUGCGUGUGUGCAAUGCGCGAACACAUGUGAACAUGUGUGUGCAUGCAUGUGUGAAUGCACAUGCGUGCACACAUGUAUGGAUGUACAGUGUGCACGUGUGCGCACGUGCACAUGUAUGUGCAUGCACAUAUAUGUGUGCAUGUAUGUAUGUGUGCAUGCACACGUGAACACAAAAGUGUGUAUAUGUGUUCAUGUGUGCAUGCAUGUGUGUACAUGUGAAUGCACACGUGUGCAUAUGUGUGCAUGUGUGUGUGCGUUUGUGCGCGCUCCUUCCUCCCAUUGUUUGAAUUAACUAAAGCCAUAAGGGGGCCUCCUGCUGGAGAUGGCUCCUCCCAGGAGCCCCCCAUGUCCCUCUGACUGGCUCCCCACGAACCCUUGUCAAGGGCUCACUGGUCUCCCUCCUGCUCCCUCAUCCCCCGUGUCAUGAGGAUGGAGGAGGCCAGAUGAUUGGGUGGCUCCCACGGGGGUCGGGGUGGCUCCCUCCCUGUCUCCCCCGUGUGCCCGUCACUCUGGACCCCUCUCCCGGGGGCGCUGUGGAGGCGCCUGGGGUUCUCAGGAGCAGCUGGUCAGCGACUCAGUCUCCCCAGGUUCCCACUGGCCCACAGAACCGUCCCCCACUGUGAGGUCUUGGGGCUCCCACUCCCUCCCGCCUGCAGCCGCACCCGAGCAGGGCGGCGGGAGGUGCCGGGCCCAACCCAGGGAGGCAGGCGCUGUCGGGCCACAGUCCCGGGACCCUCAGCGCCAGCCGGGUGAGACGGGGGAGAGGGGUCUGGGGGCUCUCAAGGCCCUAAGGCCUGGUUGGUGCAGAGAGACCUGGGGCCCGAAAGCCCCCAGCCCCGCCCACAGCUCCGUGAGGGGCUCAGGCCCCUGCGGAGUGGGGUCCUGCCGGCAAGGCUGGGGGCUGCCCUCUGGUUCCACUGUGGGGUGCGCGGUGCCAGGGUCUAGUUUAGUGCAGGGGGACGACAUGCCCCUCCUUGGCUUGCCCUCAGCACACCCGCAGCAGAGACAGAAACCGAGGCCGGAGGGGCCAAGGUGGGUCUGUGAGCGCCGAGCGUGGGCCGGACUGGAGUCUCCACCCGCUGCCUCCGCCCUCCCUGGACCCUCUGCCAAGCAGCCGGCUUCUGCCCCCUAUCCAAGGGCUUGAUUUGCCGCUUCCCGAAACCCUGGGUCUGACCCUCCCAAAGCCGAUCGCGGGCAGACCCCGGAACGCACUGCGCCUCCCUCGGAGCCCCGCUCUGUCUUCACAGGAAGGACCGUGUAUAACCCGCCCCGCCCCCGCCCCACCGCACCGCUUGGCAACGCUCUCCACCCCCUCCUGUGGACUCUGUUGUUCUCGUCUGAUCUCUUGUCGAAUUGUUAUUUUGUAAUGAGCUGCGUCUCCUUAUUAAAGAAACUGAGCUGAAAGAAAA